AGCAUAUUCGUAAACAUUUUCGAAGUUGCGCAGCAUCUCUAAAGGACGUAGCCAAAACCGGUGUUGAUUAGUGUGUAUUGCUCUUCAAGCGUGUUUUUCUUAGGUUUUUCCAGAUGGCACCAAAAUGUAAAUUAACUUACUUCGCUCUUAUGGGGCUUGGUGAACCAAUACGUUUUCUUUUGUCCUAUGGGAAGAUGGACUUUGAGGAUAUUCGUUAUGAAUUUGAGCAGUGGCCACCAGUGAAAACAUCUGCACCAUAUGGAACGCUUCCCCUUCUUGAAAUUGAUGGAAAGAAGAUGCAUCAAUCCACUGCUAUAUGCCGCUAUUUAGGCAAGAAGCUGGGGCUGGAAGGUGAUAAUGAUUGGGAAUCUGCUGAGAUUGAUAUGGCUGUUGAUACGAUAACAGACUUCAGAUUGAAGUUAAGUGACUAUUACAGGGAACCUGAUGAACCUAUUAAGCAGAAGAAGAAAGUAACUGUGUUUAAUGAAACACUACCCUUCUAUCUUGAAAGGCUUAAUGAACAGGUGAAGGAAAAUGGAGGAUAUCUUGCAGCAGGCAAGCUGACUUGGGGAGACAUUUUCUUUGCUGGACUGUGUGAUUACAUGAAUUGUGUGGCUCAGUUUGAUAUUGCAAAAGAUUAUCCAAGUCUAGCAUCUCUUAAGAAGAAGAUAUGUGAACUGCCAGCCAUAAAAGAUUGGAUCAGCAAGAGACCAGUGACAAACCUUUGAGGCCACAAUUGUUUCAUAAAGUUGAAGAAAAUAGAGAGAAUGAAUUAUAUUUUUAAAUAAUUGGACUUACAUUGAUUUAAAUAUGUAAUUUUUUCUUGCUGCUUUAUAACAGAAAAAUAA